AUGGCUGGUUUCCAAUGGCUGGGAGACAGGCUCCGAGAGCUGUCGCAGCUGAACAAUGACAGUGAAUCCGCUGACCGGGGCCACUUCAUCGAGAAGCUUGGGAAAAAAAUUAAUUUUAUUGACUGCUCCUUCCUCGAGAACAAGAAGCUGGGAGAUCUCGACCUCACCCCGGAGACCUGGGAGGAGGCACUGGACAUGCAUCGUGCCGCCUUCGCCAAGCAGAAGAUUUAUCUCAGACCGAGGAUCUUUCAGAAGAAUGCUUUGGCCCAGGCACCGCAGCAGCAGCAGAUGGAAAUUGAGCGGGACGGCGAGUCCCAGCACAGCAGCCCGCCCAGCUCCUCCCAGAGAUUCACGGAGACCCAGAUCUUGUACCUGAGAUCGCAGAGUGCUGUACGUGGUGUGCUGCAGCUGCACAAGUUGGUUACUGAGAAGCUGGAGGGCUACAGAAUCCUUCUACGUGCAGAGGAGGUGUGGGCUAUCACGAAGCGAAGCCAGCUCUACUCGAACUUCUUCACCAAACUACAAGACGGACUGGCAUUAGAUAUCGCCGAGAGCUGGCGGCUCCAUGUGGACACCCACAUGAUCCGAAAGUCGUCUUACAAGGGGCACGGCAGCAAAGUUGCGCCGAACAGGAUCAAGAUACCCUUUGAGGGGUUAACAUUGCCGGGUGCGAUUUUCACGGCAUCCUACGUGCUGCAGACGAGGGGCUGCCGCCCCGAUGUGCAGAAGGGUGCAUUUGAUUGCCUGGGUGUGAUUCUUGGGACGUGCUUAUGCGGGAGCCUCAAGAUUCCUCUGCUCCCAGGCAAGGAGCAGUGUCUCUUGCAUAUUGCGAAUGGUCACGUCACUCUGCAAAGCUGGAAGCGAUUCCUGGAUUAUGCCGCUGCCACUGAGAGGUGGCACCACUGCAAGCUGCUCAGCAAGGCAGAGCAGAACAUCGACACAGGCAUUAGAUUGCACGUGGCUACGUGGUUCAUUUUGCGACAGCCCCAUCAGGACAAGUUCCAGGAGGCAGAGAAGGAGAUCAUAAACAUCGCCGAGCCGGAGAUGCCUGCAUUGCAGCCCGACCACGAAUUCCACCCCAUGACCAAGACCACCUCGGAUUUUAUGUGUCGAUAUCUUCGGCGAACUCAAGAUGAUCUGAAGGAGGAAUUGAGUCAGAUGACAUUCAAGAGUGUGGGGGUGCUCUGCGAUGCAUCUCCGAAGGCGAAGAUGAUUUGGCUUCCCAUCAUCGUGAUGCCGAACAAGAUCGGGCUUGCUACGCUGCAAAGGCUGAGCGGUUUGCUCCCCUCAAACGCGAGCCCUGAAGAUAAGAUUCAAGUCGCCGAAAUGGUCGCCGACUCCCGGACUGUCAAUGUGGCGGUGGCCUGCACAAAGCAAAAGGAACUGAAAAAGAAGCUGCAGCUCGGUCAGCAUUUGCCCAAAGCCCUCAACGCGAUAAAAGAAGAGAAACUUUCGGCCCGCCAAGAGAUGAAGGCUGUGAUGAAUAUCCUGAGCCAUGUUGGCAUGUCUAUGGAUUCUUUCUUUCCAACAAAUCCAUUGACUGCAAAAGUCUGUGGCAUGGAAGAGAGGCAGGUCCUUGAGCUCAACUCCGAGAACUUUGCAUUCAUCUACAACACGAGAACGGGGCAGAGCCGCUGGGAUGUUCCAAUGCACUCCGCCACGCAGGACAUCCGCCUUGUGCUUUGUGCAGACCAAGGGUCGCCCCUGUACACCUGUUAUCAGUUCUUAGCUUUUUCGGGGGCCAGCAUCGGUCUGAACGAUUUCGAGGAGACCAGCGACGAGCAGCUGAACUUUCGCAGGGUGAUGGACAUCCUCGGCAAAGUGGGCAAGAAUCCCUUCAAGUGCGAGAACGAUGGCGGGCAGCAGGUCAAAAACUACGACAAGACCGUGGACACAUGUGUGAAGGUGCUGACCAGCGAGGAGUACUUCGCCCUCUUCCAGAUUGCCCGCAACAUCCUCGAGCCCUACAGGGUGCUGACGGUUAAGUUUCGCAGAGCCGACUCGCUCUCCAGUGCACUGAACGAGGGCCACAAGAUGCUUUUGGCGAGCAUCCACGAGAUGAUGCAGUAUGUACUGUAUCUUCGCAGUGCACCUGCGAAAGCAGCAGCUUUGUUGUCGACGGUUGAGGACGACCCCACCAAGGGCGCCGUUCUGAAGGCGAUGGAGCAGGAGUGGCGGCUGGUACUCGCCCUGGAAGAGACCCCUGCCGGAGCAAACCUCCUUCGGCAGAACUGCAGCUUUUGCUCCUUCCAGCAGUACCGAGAGCUCAUGACAGUGCACGAAAAGAGUGGCUGGAAGAUGACCCGCGAGACCGCGGCCCUCACCGCGGCUUGGUUCCCGCCGACGGCUUGGUCGGCAUCCUUGGAAUCCGUUUUCGGAGACCUGCAGGAUGCGACGAAACGCUCCGGUCGCAGUGACUGCGGCUCACUCCCCAACCUUUUCGCGGUUGGGGUACGGUCGCUGCAGAACAGGCUUUGUGUGCAGGAUGGAUCCACCGGUCAGGUGAAGUUGCGGGCUGAUGAUUGGACAGGAACACAAGCCCUCGGACCAUCAACCACCGAGCUUGCCCCAGGCCAGCAUGUUGCCGUGGACAAUAUCCUGAAGCCGUUUCCGAGCACGACCGCCUUCUUCCACAACCACCACUGCCUCAACUUCAUGUUGGGGCUCCGCAAGGCUCAGCAGCACCCUGAAAGCAAACCAGGGCUGAAGUUUUCUCGUGCUUUUGCCGACAAGCACGAACCGAGGCAGGGCAAGAACCCCGCCGAGGAAGCAGCGAACUUCUGGGUCCAGGGCUGCUUCUCGUCUGGCAUGCUCUUGAAGUACUCCGGCAAGUUCUACUUGGCCACGGGCUGCACGCCAGCCGCUGUUUGCUUGAAAGAGCUUCCCUACCUCUUCAAGGGACCCCUCCCGACGGCGACGACCGACGAGACGCGAGUGCCUUGCCAUCCGGCCGACGACGUGGAUCUGCUGAGCCGGGAUUCAAGCACACCUGCUUUGGUGCUGGACAUUGGAAGGAACAUGAUUCAGCAGCUCCGCUUCGACUACGAGGAGGUGAAGCUCUUCGACUACACCUUGCAUGUCUGCGAGGGAAGCCUCGCAGACAAGUGUGGCUCGGCCGUUGUGCUGAGACGGGGCAGUCAAGAGUUUUGCUUGCUUUGCUUCUUAGUGCACUCAGAGCUCAUCCUCUCGAGCUCCAGCGCCUCUUUGACGGAGUUGUUGCAGAAACACGACAUCCAGAUGCCUAAGAACUCCACGAAGCCUCACAAGGUGAGGCGAAUCUUGGCUAUGGAGAAGGUGCAAGAGGUAUGUUCUGCAAGGACCAUCGCGAAGCUGCUGGCUCGAUUGGAUGAAGCAGAUGCAAAGAAGAAGAGCAAAGAGAGAGAGAAGAACGAGGAUGAUGUUGUGGCCGAGGCAGAAGUCCAAUGGGAGGAGCUGCAGGAAGAUCCUGCAGCACAGGCCUGCCAGGAGCUGCUGGCAAGGCUCGACGAGGAAGAAGAGAAAGAAAUGGAAGAGAAAGAGAAGGAGGAGGACCAUCAGCUGCCACAGGCGAAGCGGCAGCACCCAAGCCGUCGACGGAGCAGCAGAAUCGAGCUUCCCGGGCAUUGCUUUCCUCGACCACCUCCUUGCCUGAUGAUCUUGUGA